AAUGCACUUUGGAUCCAAUUAAACAAGACAUUCAGGGACUACAGCUGAAAACUACGAGUUCUAUCAUGGUGUACAGAUACUCAUCGAUUGUGGAAGUUUUUCAAGCCCUCCCUCUGUGGUUUCUUAUAUUUGGAAUAUUCAUACCAGUCACUCUGCUCUUGUUGCUGCUACUCGCCUACUUCAGACUGGAAUUGAAGAAAGUGAAUAACGAAAUAGCAAUGAAUGAAAAUCCUAAGAACUUUAUCAAAGAACGCUACUUCAAUGAUUUUCCGCCUGAAUAUAGAACACGGAAUACAAGGCCUAGCAAUGAAAGUUAUGUGAAGAACCACUUCCAAAAGUGAACUGUUAUUAAUGCAUCUGAACCAUCUCUCAAG